CUGUGGCAAAAUGGUGCGUAUAGCCUUACAGUUCAAAGCCGAUCUGGAAAAUUUGACCAAUGUUAAGCCUGAGGGAGAAGACUUUCGUUGGUAUUUGAAGUUGCAAUGUCAGAAUUGUGGAGAAGAUACAAAGGACUGGAUUUAUAUGAGCUUAGGGGAAAGUCAAGCAAUUAAAGGAAGCAGAGGAAACGCCAACUUUGUGUCGAAAUGUAAAUUGUGUGGUCGUGAAAAUUCUAUGGAUAUAAUAAGGGAUAGCAUCUCUGAAUACACGAUAGAAGAUAGUAACACAUUCAAGACAAUGGUAGCAUUUGACUGCAGAGGAUUGGAACCAUUUGACUUCUCUCCAAGGUUUAGUGGUCUGAUAGGCAUGCUACAGCCAUUAACCCUGAUGAAGGCCAGUGAAUUUAGCGGAAAACAGGUUGGAUUUGUAGCUGAUGCUGUUGAUUCUGCAUCAAAGUUCUCAGACAUCAAUUUAACAGAGAAGGACUGGUCUGAUUAUGAUGAGGAAGCUGGUGUAUCAGUUGGAAUUUAUGAGGUUACCCAUCAGUUCCUGAGGCUAUAAGGACAAGUGCAUAUCUUAUUCUUACACAUAAAUCAGUUGUCAGAAUGUCUCUACAAGUUAUCUCUUACAAAUAGAGGUUAAGAGGAGUUUGUCAGUUCCACAAACAAGUCAUACUCAUCAUAAUAAAAAACAUUAAUGGUGCAUUAAUGUUGUUGAAACAAAAAGUGCAGUAUGGAAUUUUCGAAACAUACUUUGUAGGCAUGGAAGAAACUCUUAGCACAACAACAAGAAAAACCCCUGUUGUUGCUUUCCUGACAUUUUAAUCAUAUUAUAUCAAGAUGCAGGCUGUACAAUGAACAAUAAAUGCCCAUGCAGUACUCUUCUAGACUUAAAUGUAGUGAAACUUGCUUUAUGUACUGUCUUGAAAUGUAAUUGAGUCCUUGAAAGCAUUGCCAUAGACACUUACCCUCAAGAAACUGGUGAAACAUUUGUGAACCUAGACUAUUAACUCAAGUAACCAAUAUCAAGUUUGAAAUUUCCCUUUCUCUUUUUGUGGUAGGCAGUUGAUUUUAUUCCAUAAUGUUCUCAAUGUAACCUUGAUUUUCUUAAAAUAUCUAUCACUGUAUUAAAUGAAAUCUAUCUCA